GCCACCUAUUUGAACGUUGCGUUACUCUUAGCCAAACAUGUAAAGAGUUCGAUAUAUUUAGAACUGGAAUAUAGUUUGACCUGGAUCUAAAAAAAUUAUAGGUUGCUGGACUACCUGUGCCUAUGUGUGAAACAGAAAAACCGAGUGAUGAUAUUGUUAAACAAGAAGAAAAUUUACUUGAUACUUAUGUCGGUAAUAUCACCUCUCUGCAUUCUGUUAUAGAAUUAAUUAUUCAUCAGCGGGAACUUCGUACUGAAUGUAUCAUACAGCAUGGUUUUGAUGAUUCCAUUGUAAAGACAAAUAACACUUUCUGGUCUGAUUUAUUCAAUCAGGCAUUUUUAUCAUCAUAUCUAGUAGAUUCAGUUGAUGGACCAGGCGAUGAUCUUUUAUUCUUUGUUCAACAUCAGAAACAAAAUGAAAAGAAGCCAGAGUUGAGUGUAUUUCGUAAGAAUAGUCCAAAUCUUCCGAAAGGGAUAGACGGUAAUAUCGAUUGGGAGGAGACAGUUUAUCUCAAUCUAUUGAUGCAAUAUUUUGUCUAUAUUUUGACGGUUGCUGUGUGUACACGUACUGGACCACAAGAAUGGCAAAUUCUGAAGAAAUUUACUCAGACUGUUUAUGCAUCUCCCAGUCAUAGAAAAAUGGAUGUGAAAGGCAGUUACGAACAGAUAGUCUAUCCUGAUUUAUAUUUUACAAUUGAUAAUUAUGAAGAGGCAUUUUCAGAUUGUGUUCUACGUGAUAGUGAAUGUCUCAAUGUUGAGUUAACUGCAUAUGAUCGCGCUGGACAAGUUUAUGGAGUUUGUUUUCUCGGCACUAUAUCGUAUAGUACAUUAAAACAAUUUUAUGAUUCAUGUAACCCUCGUUCAAAUUGUCACUUUAGUAAUCAUUUUAAUCAACGAAAUAAUCGAAUGACAAAAAGUUCCUAUUCAUAUUCAUCUUCAGUGAAUAAUAACAACAACAAUGGCGAUAAUCGGUCAGUUCAAUUUAUGCGAGUUAUUGGACCACAAGCGAAAGGAUUAGCUGAAAUAGCCAUUAAGCCAGUGAAAAGUGAUUACAUCAUUGAACAACAGCAACAAGGUGGACAAAGGAAAUCACUGGAUCUAAUGCUACCAUCAUCAACAUCAUCAUCGUCAAAAUCAAAUAGACAUCAUCAUCAUCAACAUCAGCAUUCUGAUUUUAUUAUGAAAUGCUGCCAUCCUGUUUGUUUAUCUCAAUCCGAUAUUGACGUUAACUCCAAUGAUAAUUUAACAUUGAAAGAUAUGAAUAUCAAUAUGGUAAUGAAUGAGACAUAUCAUUCGGAAAUAGUUACCAAACAACCAUUUAUAGAUUCACACAAAUCGACGAGUCUUCUCAAUUUUUACGACUCUAUAUCAAGAAUAAAUUCAAAGUGUACUGAACUGAUAACACCUCGUGAAGAUACUUACAUGGAUCCUUUGCCAACAUUAUAUCCAUCUCCAUGGUCUGUAAAAUCUGCUGGUGCAAGUGUUCAUACAAGUCCAGUUCGAUUGUUUAAACGUAGCCUGGGCAAUAAAUGUUCAAUUCAAUCGAAUAGUAAUCAACAUGAAUCAUCGCCUAUUUUUAGUCGGAAGUGUAAAUUUAAAUCAACAAAUGCUAUAAAUUCAUUGAAUGAAUCAAAACCAUCGAAGGUGUUGGAAAUUUUUAAUACCUUUACAAGUAGUACAACGAAACAGUCUCCUUCUUCUCCUUGUGGUGGUGAUCGUGGUGUUGGUAGCGAUAAUGGUGGUAAUCAUAGAACAAAAUCUGUUAAAAAGAAUAAUUCCAUUAAUCAGUGCAAUUCUACUACUGCUACUACUACUGCUACUGAUGCAACCAAAUCGAUUUUUUCCCCAGUAACGAAUGCUAAUGGUGAUGAUGAUAAUGAUGGUGCGUGCAGAGAGAGAUUAAAGAAUAUGAAUAUUAUUCGUACAGAUUCUGGUGUAAAUCACUUUUAUGAAAAUCCUUUAGCAAUAAUUAAUCGAGACAAUAGUUCAUUUGGACAAGCUUGGUGUUGGUUUAAAGAAAGAAGAAAAGCUACCUCGAUUGGUUUGAAUGCUAGUCCAACAUUUAUCACUUUACCUUGUCAAAGUAUUCUUAUUGAUUUGCUUGAAGUUAGAAGAGAACCCAUACUUAAUUUCACUAGUCGGUGAUUUCCUCUGUGAUUUAUCAUAACAACAACAACAACAAAGCAAAACUUAAUGGAAAAAUCAAUCAGCUUGCUCAAGUUCUUCUUAUUCGACGAAUUACAGCUUUUUCUUUUUGUCCUUUUUUUCUCUAAUUGUUGUAUGUGAUAUCAAUCAGGCAUUCCUUGAUAUAAUUAAAUUAGCUUUUAUUUAUUUAUUUAUCUAUCUAUCAUACAGCACUGUGUCUUUGAGUCCUUACGUGCACUGUGUUUUCUAGAUGUGACUUUUGUGUGCUUGAAUUUUAUUAUUUUUUGUCUUUUAAAGAAUAAACCACCUGCCUUGUCUAUGCAUAAUAAUUAUUUGGAACAUUUCUUGAAUAUAUAUUACAAUUUCCAG